CUCGGCGCAGUAGGGACGAAGCCUGAGAGAGGGGGCUCGACCUCUUCGCUCCUUCCUCCCGCGAGGCUAAUCAUCCCUCCCCUUUCUCUUCUUCGAAACCGUUGCCUGUGGCUGAGAGAGGGAGAGAGCUUGAAAUUCUCCAUUCCAUUUGUUAUUGCUUCUCUCAUCCUCUCUCUCUCUCUCUGUGUUCUGUCCGCUCGCCUCCGGUGGAUGUGCGAAGAGCUGAGCCGCUGCUAGAGGCCUGAUUCGUGAGUUUUUCCUCUCCUUUAUGCAUGCCGCCAACUUCUUCUUUCUUCCCCUGUUCUGUCGGUGUUGUUUGGGUCCCGUGGCAGUGGUGGUGAUACCAGUGUAACUGGUGGAGUCCUAUGAUUGUUAUCUAAAUUUGUACGCUGACAAGAAGCCCCAUAAAGUGGACCUGAAUGAACAAGUACUAGUGGAAUGGUUGGAAGCUGCUUUGUUGAAUGAACUGUUGAGGCAACCUUUAUGGGAGCAAAGCGAUCAACCUGUAGUGAUGGAUAAACCAUGAAAUAUGUUCGAGAAGCAAACUAUGGUGAAAGAUAGUGUGAGCUUGGAACAAUCAAGUUUGAGUGGUACCAAGCAUGGUAUGGAUGUCAUGGUUGUGGAUGAAGUUUUGGCUAAAGUGGAAGGAAAAUGGAGGCUCUCCAAGACUGCUGAUAUGGCCCCUUCUAAUGCAAACAAACGAGUAUUUAAAAGACCUAAAGUCGAAAGCACAAAGGAGACAAAGGCAUCCACUGCAGAACGAUUACUCAGGAACACUAUAACUGUGAAGGAAGAUGCAUGCACACAUCCUGGCUCAUUUGGAGGUAUGUGCAUAUGUUGUGGUCAAAAAUUGGAUGGAGAAUAUGGCGUGACAUUUGGGUAUAUACACAAGGGACUGCGACUUCAUAACGAGGAGAUAUCUAGAUGGCGCAGCGAUGACAUGAAGAAUUUGUUACGCCAGAAAAAGUUGUACUUGGUUCUUGAUCUAGAUCACACAUUGCUGAAUUCUACUCAGCUUGUUGAUCUGAACUUGGAGGAGGCAUAUUUACUGAACCAGGCAAAUUCUCUGACAGAUGUCUCUAAAGGCGACCUCUUCAAGUUGGAUUACAUGCAUACAAUGACCAAGUUGAGGCCUUUUGUCCACACAUUUUUGAACGGAGCAAGCACACUGUUUGAAAUGUACAUAUUUACCAUGGGAGAUCGGUCCUAUGCCUUAGAGAUGGCUAAGCUGCUUGAUCCAAAGGGAGAAUACUUCCAUUCUAAGGUGAUUUCUCGAGACGAUGGCACUCAAAAGCAUCAAAAGGGUCUUGACAUUGUCCUGGGUCAAGAAAGCACUGUUCUCAUUCUUGAUGAUACAGAAAAUGCAUGGAUGAAGCAUCAAGCUAAUCUAAUAGUGAUGGAAAGAUAUCAUUUCUUCGCUUCAAGUUGCCGGCAGUUUGGUUUUAAUUGUCGGUCUCUUGCGGAGUCAAAGAGUGAUGAAUGCGAAUCUGUUGGAGCACUUGCAACAAUUCUUGAUGUCCUCAAGCGAGUUCACCAUACAUUUUUUUAUGAACUCGAUAAUGAUCUUGGAGACCGAGAUGUGAGGCAGGUGUUGAUGGCUCUCAAAAGUGAAGUUCUGAAAGGAAGUGUGCUUGUAUUCAGCCGCAUUGCUCAUGCAAUGUUACCAUCUCUUCGAAAGAUGGCCGAACAGAUGGGGGCCACGUGUCUCUCAGAAGUUGACCCCUCAGUGACGCAUGUAGUUGCCACUGAUAUGGGAACCGCAAAGGCAAGUUGGGCAAUGAGAGAGAACAAGUUCUUGGUUCAUCCUCGAUGGAUUGAGGCUGCAAACUUUUUUUGGCAAAAGCAGCCUGAGGAGAACUUUUGUGUCACUAGAAAACGAUAGUGGCCUUUUUCAUUGUAUCAAACUAUUUUGGCGGAUGUAGUAAAUCUUGUAUAUGUUCAUUUAUUAGAACAAUUUAGUACAUUGGCAUUAAUCACCCUUUUUUCUGGUAAGGUUGGGUGAAGUGAGGAUAGAAGUUCAAGAUUCUUACCUUCUUGAUACAAGAGGAAAAAAGUCUUUUUAAUCCUUAUAAUUACAUGAUAAAUUUUAUUUUUCAAA